AUGGCCAAGAUGAUGUUCUCGAAUAUGUCUGAUAAUGAACUUCCUCGUACCUACGAGACGAAUAUUGGAUGCUGGUACGAGCUGUUAGGUCUACAUCUAAAAUUAACAUUGACACCAUGGGGACAAGAACGAGGAGAAUACCAAUAUGGGGAAGUGGGCUGGUGA